AUGCCUACAAAAACGCGAGUUGUCCCGGUUCAACGGCUCAGCCAAGGGCCCGGUGAUUUAUCUCUGGCAGAAUGGUGGGAGAAUGAGCGCAAUCAAAAAACACCCGAGUCCCAGGCCAUCGAAGAAGCCGCCAAACUCCUCCGGUCAAGUGACGUCCCCGUCGCCUUCCCUACCGAGACAGUAUAUGGCCUAGGCGCCGAUGCCACGCGCAGCGCUUCUGUCCAGGGAAUCUACCGCGCCAAACAGCGGCCCUCAGACAACCCCUUGAUCGUUCAUGUCGACUCACUCGACAUGCUUGAGCGUCUCCUUAAUCCCACCUCCGAAGGCAGUUCUAACUCAACCAAAACGCCGCCAAUCGCCCUCCCCUCGAUCUACAAGCCUCUAAUCGAUAAAUUCUGGCCCGGCGCACUGACGAUCAUUCUACCUAACCCAUCCGGUUCUAUACUGGCGCCAGAGGUCACCUCCAGCCUGACCACAUUCGGCGUCCGCAUGCCCUCUUCUCCACUCGCGCGUCUACUCAUCCACGCAACAGACCGUCCCCUCGCCGCGCCAUCGGCAAACGCAUCCACCAAACCAUCACCCACAACCGCGCAGCACGUAUAUCACGAUCUCAAAGACCGCAUAGAGAUGAUUCUCGACGGCGGCGCAUCCGGCGUUGGUGUCGAAAGCACUGUGGUCGACGGGUUAUGCAAUCCACCAGCGAUUCUGCGCCCCGGCGGCAUCGGCAUCGACGAAAUCCGGAAAUGCGAAGGAUGGGAAAAUGUCGCAGUCGGCUACAAAGAUGGCACGCUAGAUGUGAAGGAGAUUCCACGCGCACCGGGCAUGAAAUACCGCCACUAUUCGCCGAAGGCACGGGUUGUUCUCUUCGAGUCAACAUCGAACCCGGCCGGAGUGAGGAAGCAUGUCCAGAAGGACUUGAAUGAUACAGCCAUUGGCGCACAUAAAGUUGGUAUCAUUCGCACGCGGAACUGGAAACUUGGCUUGGAGCUUGCCUCGGAAGAUCAAAUCGCCAAUAUCAUGAGCCCUGUGUCUUCUCCCAUUGAGAAUAUUAUCGGGUUCCCGAUCCCCGUGCUGGAGAAUGGAAAUACGAGUAGCCGCACAAAGAUGGCAUAUGAUUACCAUCUUGGCUCAGAUGCGGUUUCUAUCGCACAUGGUCUCUUUGCUGCCCUACGCGGGCUAGAUGAACUUGAUGUCGAUGUUAUCUACGUGGAAGGUGUGUCAGAUCGUGAGGGUGACCUGGCUGCGGCUGUCAUGAACCGGCUACGAAAGGCCGCUGGUGCUGAAAUGCGCGUUUAG